UUCAACCUAUCGCACACUGCUUUCUCUAAUGUGAAUUUCCAUCCACUCAUUUCUGCGUUCAUUUUAUUCGCAUAUGAAAGAUUAUUUUUGUUUUUUGACCCAUAUUCGGGAUCCGUCAGUGUUGAUAUUUCAUAAUCGUUUUACGUUGCAAAAGCACCGUACUUAUUCUUCAUUUCCUCAUUCGCAUUUUUUGCAGUAUUUUUUAAACUAUAAAGAACAUAACCUAAAAAGCAUUUAUCAUAUAUUUUGUUUACUUUUACGAGAGAAUUGCAAUUUCUACCAAAACUUGUCAUUUUCCAUUGCUCAUAAAAAUAUCUCUUAUUAUUUUUGAAGGUCAUUGUUCCCUCAAAUUUAUCCUAUUCUCUUCCAUGCUCAGGAAUUUCGAGCAUUUUGUUAAUUUUGUAAAAUCUUGAACAAAAAUGUAUUGCUCUGUCUCUUAUGGUUAAAGCUCACUUUUCGACAGCUGAGUUAUGUGAAUGAAUAAAAAAAGUCUACUAACAAGUCACAGAUUUAUGCAGGCGGCUGACAUCCUGGAAGUUCGACAAAAAAGACGUAUCUACGAUAUUACAAAUGUUCUGGAAGGAAUUGGAUUGAUAGAGAAGAAAAGCAAAAAUAGUAUACAGUGGAAGGGUGCUGGACCAGGAUGCAAUUCGGAAGAGCUCGGAGACAAGUUGUUCUUACUUAAAGAUGAGAUAAAAAAAUUGGAGGAACAUGAAGCAACUCUUGAUACUCAUAUGCAAUGGAUUAAACAAAGUAUAAGGAACAUCGAAGCAGAUUUAAAUAACAGAAAGUUCACUUAUAUUACAUACGAGGAUGUUAAAGAACAUUUCGCUGAAGAGUUUGUUCUUGGGAUCGAGGCGCCAACGGAUACCAUACUAAAAGUUCCGAACAUAGCAAAGCAAACUGGCGAUGAAUCAGAGAACGACUUGAAUUAUGAGAUGUCUUUGAAGAGUAAUACCGGCGAAAUUAAGGUUUAUGUCGUUCAGCCCCUUCUUGCUGAAACUUAUGACAAUAAAAUGGUGGAAAUGAGGCUCAAAGCUGACGAGUCAAAAGGCACAAAGAGAGAUAAGAUGGAAAGCGAGUCGAAAGACGAUUCAAGACCAAAGAGAAAAUCUGCAAGAUUACCCAAAGGAGUAACGAAGACAGAGUUAUCGGAGGAAGAUGAAGAGGUAGAAGAUUCUGAAUCGCUAGCAGCAAAAAUCGCGCUCGGCGAAAACACGAAUCUUAUAGGACCGGAUGAAAACUUACUUGACGAAUUUUAUUCAGACUUUUGUGGACCUUUAAUAAGACUCAGCCCACCACCCGGAGAGAAAGAUUAUCUAUUCAAUCUUGGCGAAAAUGAAGGCAUUUUCGAUUUAUUUGAUAUUGCAGCUAAAUAACACACGCUCACCCCACCAGGGAAAUGAAUCAUGCAUAAACUUUUGGAAGUGAACUUGGAAUUGUAUUGCACAAGCAAUUGGGGUGGAAGGUUGGAAGUAAAUCCAUUGGAAUGAAAAACACUUGGAUGGAAGCUCGUCGGUAGUACGAAUAAACUGAGCGUUUUUUUUUUCGAUACACCCCGAAGAUGUGUGUGGUUAUAGACGUAUGAAUCAAGAAAAAUCCGAAUUUAUACGAUUAAGUAUAAAAUUUGAAGGACUGGAAAACUCAGUGAACUUCAUCAGUGUUGAAAUCAUGAAAACGUUCUCGGCAAUCGAACCCGAGAUAGCUCGAAUUUAAAAAGGAGUGAAAAAAAAAAUAAUAAAAGCACAGAUCGACGACGGAUCAUUAUUAAAUUGUCAUAUCCAUCGAAUCUUCAACGUAGAAUUUAAUUACACGUAAUAAAUAUAAAUACAUGUUAUAUUACACAAUUAGGAUGAAUAUUGAUAAAACAAAUAUGUACAUAGAGCAUUAUUUGCAGCAGCAAAUAAUUGACGGUUGAACAAGGGAUAAAUGACGAUGCAGCGAGAA